AUGGCUCAUAGGCCUCUUGAAGUAUUCUACCAUUGCGCGCCUCUACGCUGGCUCAUCUGUGGCCCGUUAGGGGGUCGAGUGGGCGGGCGGCGGGGUGGUUUAAUUAGCGCGCGGACCGCGGACCGUCGGGCUACAGCCUGUCGAUGUCCCGAGCGGCCCCGCAGCCCCUUUGUCUUGCCGCCUCUUUGUCCAGACACGAUAAGCGGCCGCGGAGCGAGACCCGCAACGCCGGCCUCUAAUCACCCGCCGAGGUCGCGCUGUGCCGCCCUCGAUCGUGUGCGAAUGGAAGACUAUCCAUGUACUAUCUCCUCACGCCUCACG